AUGUUUUUCUUGUUUCGCUUCGCAUCUUCAAUCAGUGUUUGUGUUUCAUCACAAAAAAGACAAUGCCCAACUGGAUAUGAACAAUGGAACAACCAAUAUGGCAUUACAGAACUUCUUGUUUACAAUUCUACGUUCAAUUUAGAUCUUGAUCACAUAAAUAUGCACAAUAUAUCACUUGUUUUAGGAAAAACAAAUAUCACACUAACUACAACAUCUAAUGAAUCACAGAUAAUUGAGAAUUUAACACUUUCAAACGCCGAAUUUUCAAACCAAUCAGCAAUCAUAAUUAAUGGCAACAUAACAGUCGCUAACACUAAUUCACAAUCAUACGCAUCACUUAUUGGUGGCACUUAUGGAAAUAUAACUGGUGUUGUUUUCAAUAUUUCAGCCGAAUUUAUUCCUGGAUCUUUUAUAUAUCGUACAAUGACAGAUUAUAUAUUAUCAUUCAGAACAAUACCUAAAAACGUUCCUACAAUUGUCUUUCAACAGAGAUAUGAACAAGGAAUCCCAAGAUACCUCGAAACAUUCUUCUAUGGAAGUAAGAGCGAUGUAGCAGCAUUAGAAAAGAGAAUUUCAGAGAUAUUCAGGUACGAAAAGAAUGUAGAUGAUCAUCCAUUCUGGAUUCACCACGAAUUGACAUCAAAAUACCUUGAUGUUUAUCUUACAAACAUAGAUUUGUUCAUGAGGUACUUACUUUACUUUUCUGCUAUCAGUGCUGGUUUAUUGUGUGCCGUUUUCAUUGUUUUCUUGGUUUAUUACUGUAAACAUACAAGAGGCAAGAAGGAGGCACCAAGUGCUUAUCUUGCAAUCCCAUAA